AUGUCGCAACCACGGCCCAAGAAUCCCUUGGAUGUGCUCCAGAGCAUGAUCAACGCGAUUCUCAUAGAGACUGGCAAAGCUCUGCGAAGUGCUCAGAAAGAGAAUGGACGUCCUUCGACCGCCGCGACCACUCGCUUGCGCGCCAUGGUACCAAGCACUACAGACAACUUCCACCAGGCCCUCGAUGACAUUGAGUGCGAGAUUUUACGCGCGAAAGCAGUGAUCUUCAGAGACUAUGAAGAGCUACGAUCGAAACGACUGGCGUUGGAAAACCCAGAACCCAUCAUCGAGGAACCGGAACCACAGGCCAUGGAGGCAGAUAUGAAUGGCACAUCUUCUACACCUGCGGACACCACACAGGAUACAUCUACGCCAAUCAAAGCAGAGCCCAGACUAGUCGAAAGCCCAGAGAAGGAGGCAGUGCUGUCUGAGGAUACCCUCAAGCAGGAGACAUCGGAAGCUACAAACGAUAUGAAGGGACAGAAUCUGACUCCGCCAAGCUCCGGGAAUGCAAAUGGGGCAGACUCUAAGCCUAUAGGCCUUGGAAUAGACACCGACGGGGCAGUAGAUGGGCCAGGUCCGGCGACAGCGGAGCUUCAGAACUCGUCCAUUGACUCGUUAUUCGGGCCCGAUGACAACAAUGCCGGCGACUCUGCCCUUGACUUCGGCAUCAUGGACUUCCUUACAAAUACCAAUACCGAAGGAAACGAUCAAUCACAGAAUAAUCAAAACAACGAUUUUGAUCUUGCCAAUUUCGGGAGCUCUACACAAGACUUCAACAUGCCAGAUCUGAAUACAUCUGCAGAUACCAACACCAAUAACAACAAUUCAAAUGAUGCCAACAAACCUAACGAUGAUCCAUUCGCCUCCUUAGGAAAUCCUGGCGGGGACAGCAUGGAUCUGGAUCUGGACCUCGACAUGGCCGGUGCUGGCGACAGCGUAUUUGAUGAUAUGUUCUUUGUUGACGAGACCAACAAUUUAGGUGGAGGAGACAUGGAACAUGGGGAGUUCGACAAUGCUUUCUUCGGCCUUGAAUAG